UUUUUGAAAUUCUCUAACCCAAUCGCAGGAGGAGCAGCAGUCCUCGUCUGAAUUUCAUUCAGCUCUUCCAGUCGUAAAAAGAGCUUCCAACAUGUCUACGUCUUUGCCGAGAAUUGUUGAUGAUUACAGCGAGAAGAAGGUCGGUUACGUGCACGCCGUUUCCGGGCCUGUGGUGAUUGCCGAGCGGAUGGGAGGGUCCGCGAUGUACGAGCUGGUUCGCGUCGGAGUUGGAAAGCUGGUGGGCGAGAUUAUCCGUCUGGAGAACGACAUGGCCACCAUCCAGGUGUAUGAAGAGACGUCCGGCGUGACGGUCGGCGACGAGGUCCUGCGUACCAGCCAGCCGCUGUCCGUCAGUCUCGGCCCCGGCAUUUUGGGCUCCAUCUUCGACGGCAUCCAACGGCCGCUGCAGACCAUCAACGAAAUCUCCAACUCGAUUUACAUCCCCAAGGGCGUCUUCAUUCCCGCUCUCGACUCCAAUACUGAGUGGGAAUUCUCGGCUGCGAAUAAUAUGAAGGUUGGCAGCCACAUCACUGGUGGUGACAUUUACGGCAUUGUCAUGGAAAAUUCGCUGAUCAAAGAACACAAGAUGAUGUUGCCGCCGAGAGCCAAAGGCACUAUCACCUACAUCGCCGAGCCUGGAAACUACACAAUAAACGACGUAAUUCUGGAGACUGAGUUUGACGGAGAGAAGACCAAGCAUAAAAUGGUCCACGUGUGGCCCGUGCGCUCGCCGAGACCUUGUGCUGAAAAGGUGCCCGCCAACCGACCCCUGCUCACCGGGCAGCGCGUGCUUGAUGCUCUCUUCCCUUGUGUCUUGGGUGGCACCACCGCGAUUCCUGGAGCUUUUGGCUGCGGAAAAACUGUGAUUUCGCAGUCGCUGUCCAAGUAUUCCAAUUCGGACAUCAUCGUCUAUGUCGGCUGUGGAGAGCGUGGUAACGAGAUGUCUGAGGUACUCCGUGAUUUCCCUGAGCUGACUUGCGACAACAACGGCGUCACAGAGUCGAUCAUGAAGCGCACAGCCCUGGUUGCCAACACUUCCAACAUGCCAGUCGCUGCUCGUGAAGCCUCCAUCUACACUGGUAUCACCCUAUCUGAGUACUUCCGUGACAUGGGCUACAACGUGUCCAUGAUGGCCGACUCGACGUCCCGUUGGGCUGAGGCUCUGCGAGAAAUCUCAGGUCGUCUGGCCGAAAUGCCUGCCGACUCUGGCUACCCUGCGUACCUGGGUGCCCGCCUCGCCUCCUUCUACGAGCGCGCUGGACGCGUCACCUGCCUCGGCAGCCCCAACCGCGAAGGCUCCGUAAGCAUCGUCGGCGCCGUGUCGCCUCCCGGCGGUGACUUCUCUGACCCUGUCACCUCAGCCACCCUCGGCAUCGUGCAGGUCUUCUGGGGCUUGGACAAGAAGCUGGCCCAACGCAAGCACUUCCCCUCCAUCAACUGGCUCAUUUCUUACAGCAAGUACAUGAGGGCACUUGAGGAAUAUUACGAUAAGGAGUACCCCGAGUUCACUGCUCUGAGAACCAAAGUAAAGGAGAUCCUUCAGGAGGAGGAAGACUUGUCUGAAAUCGUGCAGCUCGUCGGCAAAGCAUCCCUCGCUGAGAGUGACAAAAUCACCCUGGAAGUGGCCAAGCUUCUCAAAGAUGAUUUCCUCCAGCAGAACGGCUACACACCAUACGAUCGCUACUGCCCAUUCUACAAAACUGUCGGCAUGCUGAAAAACAUGGUCGGCUUUUAUGACAUGGCGCAACACGCCGUUGAGUCGACAGCCCAAACCGAAGACAAGAUCACCUGGGCCAUCAUCAGGGACCGAAUGAAUCCCAUCCUAUACAAGCUCUCCUCGAUGAAGUUCAAGGACCCUGUCAAGGACGGCGAGCAGAAUAUCAGGGAAGAGUUUGACAACCUCUACGACGAGAUCCAGGCCAACUUCCGUUUGCUGCAAGAAUAAACCGAAUAUUAUUUUUUCCUUUCAGACUUGAAAAAUUAUGAACAUGAAAUACGCCAAAAUGUUUUGAU